AUGAGACUUCUCCGCUUUAUAAAGGCCACCCUUGCCGUCGCGGUAACCAAUACUUGCUUUGCUUUGUCACAGUCAGUCGACCCAGUAUCAUUCUCGGAAUCCACUUUCGACAUCAUCAUCGCCGGAGGCGGAACAGCAGGCUUAGUAUUGGCAAACAGGCUUUCUGCAACGUCUCUGCGUGUUGGGGUCAUAGAUGCUGGCCACUACAAUACUGCUGGUGAUCCCCUCAUUGAUGUCCCAUUCAGUCCUGGUUCCUUGAUCGACAAUCCAUCUGCCUCUGCCAUAGGCAAUCCUAACUAUGACUGGGGGUUUUCGAGUGUGCCUCAGAUAGGGCUCUUGAACGGCUUGGUGAUCGCAUAUCCACGUGGCAAGGUCCUCGGUGGUUCCUCAGCUAUCAACAACAUGGCAUGGCAGCGCGGUGCUCGCGCUGAGUAUGAUUCAUGGGGGACGACGCUCGGGAACGGCGCGAAAUGGACCUUUGAUGCCCUCGAGCCUUGCUUUGAGCGAGCCGAGAAUUGGACGUUUCCGGCAACCGGUGUCGAGGCGCUCGUUCCUGGAACGACUGCGAACCAAUUUUUGCCCCUAGCGUCCGUACACGGCAAAGGAGGACAUAUUCACGCCCGCUACGAUACUUUCGUCACCGACCUUGACAGAGCCUUUGCGUCCGCGAGCGACGCUCUAGGAUUUCCGCUCAACACGAACCCAGACAAUGGAAACACCACUUUCAUACCCCUCGCCGGAAUUGCUGACUCUAUUGACAUUUCCACUGGCAAACGUAGCUAUGCCGCCCCGGGAUACUAUAACGCGGAUGUGCGGUCCAGGAAGAAUCUAGUGGUCCUCAUGGGUGCUGUAGUUACUCGGAUCAUUUGGGACAAUACGAGCGAGAAAACUGGUAACGGCACCAUCAGGGCACGUGGCGUUGAGUUUACCGUCGGCAACAAGACUUAUGUCGUCAAUGCUACUAGGGAGGUGAUCGUCUCUGAGGGGACACUGAAGUCGCCACAACUCUUUGAGCUCUCCGGGGUUGGAAAUGCUACGCUGUUGAAGAGCUUGGGUAUUCCGGUUACUCUCGAUCUUCCACAGAUUGGAGAGAACUUGAUGGACCAUCUUCUUACUGCAACUGAUUACUCUGUCAAGAAGGGCGUGCUUACUCUCGAUUGGCUCACGAAUAACGCGACUUUUUUGGCGGAGCAGCAAAAGCUCUACAAUACCACAGGGGCCGGAGCGUUCACAUAUGCCACGAGGGUCACCGGAUCAUGGCCCGUGAAAGACCUUGUGUCGGCCGAUGAAUUCACAAGCAUGCGCGCAGCGCUUGACGCGGAGCUGGCGAACAUGACGCUGACGCCCCUUCAAAGCGCACAGUAUGACGUGCUCAAAACAUUAGUUGACAGCGGCAAGAUUGGUUGGGUCACGCCCAUCGCCUUGCCCAGGGGUGGCGUGGUGAGCACGCCGGCGAAUGAUACCAACUAUGUCACCCUCGCCGCAUUCCAGAUGCAUGAAUUUUCGCGAGGAUCGGUUCACAUCAACACUACGGAUCCCAACGCGGCGCCUGUCAUCGACCCGAAAUUCAUGUCGCUGAACUGGGAUCUCGAUGUUCAGGUCGCCGGCACCAAAUUCCUUCGCAGGUGGGCAGGCGCGGAGCCCGUAAGCAGCUACAUUGACCAGGCAAGCACGCCGCCCGCAAGUGUCGAAAGCGAUGCCGAUUGGGCCAAAUUCGUGCUCAGCUCGCUCGCUUCUAUAGCUCAUCCAAUUGGCACCAUGGCUAUGGCUUCUCAAACCCUAGGCGGUGUUGUCAGUCCCCGACUUAAAGUUUACGGGCUGGACAAUGUGCGAGUAGUUGAUGCCAGCAUCAUCCCCUUAACGGUGGGCGCGCCCAUCCAACCCACCGUGUACGCCUUGGCAGAGAACGCUGCUAUCAUGAUUGCUCAGGAUCUGGGUGUAUCGCAGGGCCUUCAGCAGUGUUAA